UCUAAGUUUGUUCUAAUUCCCGCUCUGGGCUGAGUGAAGAAUAAAACUAAAUGUUGUUGUUCUGGGCUGCUAAGCAGAAUAGCUUAGGGGUUUGUCAAAUGGGUUUGUCAGAGAAGUGAGAGCGGUUGUGCGUGGCGUUACGAAGGAGCAGUUCGCCCGCAACGCGAAUCCAGCAACAACCUUGUUUGGGAGCUGAUGGUGAUUGAAAUAUACGGCGUUGGAGCGCAUGCUUUUACUUUGAAAGCCACAUUCUUUUUCUCCACCUCCCCAAUUUCGUCCGGCUUUACGCAGCUCCAUCCUCAAGUACUCAAGUACUUUGUCUGAUCGGAAGGGGGUUGCUCUCCUUUUGAAUGAAGGAGGACUGGCCCGAUUCAUCUGGGCCGCACACUUUUCUUCAUUUUAGGCUACAGCCGGGGCCUCAAGGAAAUCCCCGGAUUUCGUAAGAAGGAUGGCUUUUUUUAGCACUGGGGAAGCAACACGGACAGAACGGGAUGCUUCGGAACCUCGGGCUUGACGAGGGGGCCCCCCACGUCUGAUUCUUCACAAUAACCGUGGCUGGUAUGAUGGUGGUGGUGUACAUCCUGCACAGCGCCGGAUUCCCACAAACCCUCACACACUGCGCCACAGCCCCGCAACCGAGCGUGAGCCACCGGACGGACACACGCUUCUGCUUCUCCUGGAAAUCAGAGCCUCUCAUUCAAAGCCGGACUUCCAGACCGAUGCAUGGACCAAACCACCGGGUAACCGAGUAGCUUGUACCCCGGCUCACGCCCCUUCUCGGGAUGCUGCACAGGGAGCGGCUGUGAUCCGGCGAUUUUGAAAGGUUUCUGACGCGCCGCUCCUCCUGCUGCUGCUUUGACACAAUCCGGAGGGGGAAGAUGUUGGUGCGAUGCUGCCGGGUUAAGCUGUCGGUGUGGGCCGCUCUGUGCGUGCUGGUGAUCGGCUGGUUCUACGUUUUCCCUGUGUAUAGACUUCCCAGCGACAAAGAGAUUGUGGAGGAGGUGCUGGGACUGGGGGAAGCGUGGAAGAAGAACCAGACGGGGAUCGAUUUGUACAGGAAUCUGCUGACAGAAUGUUGCAAUCCGAGGUGGAUGUUUGCAGUGACGAAGGAGAACGCUCCUAUUGGCAAGGUCCUGUGGUACGAUGGAGAGUAUUACUACUCGCACACUGUCAACGACGAGACGUAUUCGGUUUUUGUGCAGACCACCCCUCUGAAGCCCCUGAAGAAGUGUGCUGUGGUGGGCAACGGCGGUAUCCUCAGGCACAGCAAGUGUGGACGGGACAUCAACCAGGCUGACUUCAUCAUGCGGUGCAACCUUCCACCACUUACAAAGGAAUAUUUGGAGGACGUGGGAAACAAAACCCACCUGGUCACUGCCAACCCAAGCAUCAUUGAGAAAAGAUUCCAAGGUCUUCUCUGGUCUAGAAAAGCUUUCUUGGAUUAUUUGAAGGCAUACGGCUCCAGCUUCGUCUACAUGCCAGCGUUCUCCAUGAAGCCCGGCACCGACCCAUCGCUCCGGGCGUACUACGCCGUCACAGACUCCUCCUCCAACCUCACCAUGCUCUUCGCCAACCCCGACUUCCUGCGCAACGUAGGCAAAUUCUGGAAAGCGCGCGGCGUUCAUGCCAAGCGCCUCUCUACGGGCCUCUUCCUGGUCAGCCUGGCCCUGGGGAUGUGCGACGAGGUGACAGUUUACGGCUUUUGGCCGUUCUCCAUCGCACUGGACGGGCAGCCCAUCAGCCACCAUUACUAUGACAACAUCCUGCCCGGUAAGUGGUUCCACGCCAUGCCGGAGGAGUUCGUCCAGCUGUGGCACCUCCACAAAAGCGGCACUCUGCGAGUUAAGGUGGGAAGCUGUCAACCUCAGAAUGAAGGGAAUUAGAGUGCCUACGGACUCACUAGUGUCAGUGAGGUUAUGGAGAGCAGGAGAAGAGAGUUGGACUGCAAAACAUCUGACGCUUGUGAGAAUAAAGGUUAUAGGGCCACGUAUUUCCUCUGGGAGGGACCCACACUGCACCCAUGAUUAUUUGUUUACCUGCUGUUCUCCAAUUUUAUUCACAUUCAUGAUGAAAGUGUCUAUUCCAUGACGCACACAGAGUUUGCAUACAGUCCCAAAACUUGCCACGCACCUGCCCUCAUCUGUGGAACAGUGUGUGUGCAUGUUUGUGUGUUUCCACGGGAAACCUCAGCUGUGAAAGAGAAAAGGGGGAUGGAUUUUCCUCUUGACUGACACAUGUGGCAGCUGAGUUUCUGUUGUAAGGAGGCAGAGGGAGCGAAGGGCCAAAGGGGAAUAAUAACAUGCACUGAAAAGGCUGCUGAAACACAACAACCAAUGGAGAGAUAAUGAUAUUGUGGUUGCUAGUGGCUUGAAAAGAAGUGGAAUUUAAUUGAGCAAGGGGUAAAAAGGGUGUGAUCUCAGUGUUUUUCCUCAAACUGCCUGAUUCCAAAUGGAGCUGUUAUACAAUGUAGAAACUGACUCAUGAAUUAAAUCCCUAGUUAAGCCAUGUUGCAUUUUAAACCUUCAAUCUAAAAGGGAAAACCUGCUGUUGUGUAUCUUGUCUUUGUUUGCCAAAUGUGUUGUGUUUUUUAAUUAAUAUUAUUAUUGCUUUUCUUUAGGUUUUAAUGUGAAUUGUUUUGUGGUACAUCAACGGGAGAGGGGAGAUAUUUUCCUGCCAAAACACAUAGGUACCUCAGCUUUCACUUCACUUUUAGCAGUGGUUACCCUUUUUUGGUGCAGCUCAGCAAAAAGCCGGCUCCCUAGUUUAAUCUAAUCCGCUUCUGUAGAGAGCCUUGCUGGAAGUUGCCCCUCUGGUAGCAGGACUGUACUUGUCAAGUGCCAAACCAGGGGAACAGUGGACUCUUUCAUACUCUCCCGCCCAGUCCUUGUGCUGCUUGUGCUCUGAAAUGAGGAGACGCUGAUAUAAAGAGGGCACCGACAGAUGAAGAGGACUCAAUGGCACAGAGCGGGCUUUCAGUCAGUGUUGCUUUUUCCCAUUCGAUGUAGGAAACCUUGGUGAAUAAAUAAUGAACCUGUUGCACUCGGUUAUUGAUCAUUUUUUGCCUCAGAGAACAGGCACAACGGAGCCUCUGUCCUGAACUCUUCUUGUGGUAUUGUGAUUUCAUUUUGCCUUCAAAAUCAAAUCAAACAGACAUUUUUGUGUAUACGUGCAAAACCUGCAUUAUUUCUUUAUUUGAUGGUGUUUGUUUGUUUUGUUUUUUGUUCUUAGUUUUUUUCUUAAAAACGUACUCUCGUAUAUGCUAUUGUGCCAUACCGGUGAUGGUGCAACAAUUGAGAGCUCUGCAUGAGGAAUGCAGGAUGUGAACCACAGUCCUCGCUGCUGGAGGUACCAAACGUCUUUGUAAGUUUAGUGCUUUAUGUUCUUAUCUGCUCCAUCUGUAAAGCUGAAUAAGGUCCAGUGCCUUUUAGAUGAAUUAGAGGAGAAUUCCUUGUGACCUUCUCACUAAUGUGACCGACGUGAUCCAGUUGGUGAUGCUUACCUGUUCAGUUUUCAGUUACUGUCGAGAAAAACGCGUUGACAUUUUUAUGAAUCGGUUAUCAUAAGCUUUUGUGGCUUUGUAAAGAGAAAUCAGUGACUUUAACAAACAUGCCGCUCUCUACAAUAAGGGGCGUUAAUCAUCAUAUUUGAAAUGUUUUCCUUUUCAUGCUCAUCUGCAUCCAAACUAAAAGUUGCCAAAAAGUGAUACUACCAAUCUUGGAGUUUGAGACAUUAGAAAAUGAGAGCUAAAUUAUAAAACUCAAAUGCAAAUUUAUUGGUAAUGUAUUAUUGGUCAGUUUUUCCAGGGACAAAAAGAAAGUCAGAAGAAAUGUUGUCUAAGAAUUAGCUUGGAGAACCCACUGACUGGCACCCUACCUCAGCAUUUAAAAGCACUCUGUGGCAAGCUCAUUCAACCAGUAAGCUGCCACAUUGGCAAAUAACUGCUGAUGAGAAAAAGGUGCUAAUUUUCAUAACUCAAAAUUAGCAACCAUUCAGGUAGAUUUAAAUUCCUUCCUGCUUCUGACUAGCAUUUUUCACAACAGAGAAAUUCUUUCUAUAAGCAAAACUCUGCUGUGAUUGUGUGAAACAUAAUAGCUGUAAUAUUAAUAAAUCACAUUAUUUAUUUAUGUUUCUUUUCAGUGUUAUUUAGCUAUUAAAAUAUAUAAGUUUUUCACACCAAAAAUUAUAUUUACCCUGAAAAGAUUUCCCUGCAGAGUACCAUCAAAGUGCAGGCUUGGUUUUAUCUAAGAAUUCUGUGUUUUUGUUUUUUUUUGUUGUUGUUGUUUUUGCUUAAGUGAAUGUUACUCUGACUAAUUGCACUGAUAGAUUUACGUUCUGUUUUCUGUCCUGCCUUGCUUGUUAGCCUGAAAUGCCAAGUUAGCAUGACCAAUGAUCAUCCGACUCACAAUAACGAGAAGAAAAUUGAGUUCUUUUUUUAAUUGAAGACUAUUCCUUUAAAAAGGACAGUGUAUAACUAAUGCUGAGCAUGUGUGUUUGACUUUCUUUUGUUUGAGGUUGCAAACCUCAUUUGCUAUGUAAAUGUAACUUUAAUGUGAAUUAUUCCAAAAGAAACAAAAAAAUCCUGAAUAGUUUUUACUGCGGUUCAAUCAACUUCUACGAUUGUAUGAGUGUUUUUUUUUAAUCUGCAUCUUUAUUUGUCGUCUUCUGCCCAGUAUUGUGAACGAAUGAUCUGUGACAGUUUAACUGUAAGUAAGCAUGAUGACUUCUUAAUGUAUAGACGCUUUUGGGCUAUCGAUUUUUAUCCUCUUUUUUUUUCUUUUUUUUUUCUUUUUUUUUUUUUACCCCAAGCUGUUGGAUAAAGUCAGCCAGAACAAGUGAAAACACCUGCCUGCCAGCUUCAUCUUUUUGUGGAAACGUGAAGUGAAAAAAUGUGACGUAAACUUUGGUCUUGUGGAAGAACGGCAAAUUAGUUUUAGUUCUGACAUAACUAAUUGAGCUUCAGUCGAAAUAAAUCACAGGUAUGCUUCUCUCGCUUCACUGUGAGCUUUGCAAUUCACAUAGCAAGAGUAGAUUUUUGAAUUAUUUAAAAAACUGAUCAAACUAGAGAUGCUGACUUUUUUAAAUGUCAUUUUGAUGUGCUAAAAAACCCUUAUGAACAACACAUGUUCAACUAUUUUAAGAAACAGUGGCAAUGCAUUGUUAUUGCUGUCUCCUGGAAUUUAGUUGCUGUGUGCCUAGUUGUGAAGAAAUCCUUAAAAACAGCUCAUAUAUUUUGAUAUAUUUGAAGCUUUAGGUGAUUGCCGUGCUGGUUGACUGUUAAAUAAUAAAACAGCUGUUGCAAACAACCAUCUCACAUUAGCAUACAGUUCUUUUUAGGACUAAUGCAAUUUUACAGAGAGGUUUUUGGACGUUUUCAAAUGUAGCUAGCUGGUAAGUCUUGGAUUAAGGUUAGUAUUUUUUUUUUUAAACGUUUCCUGUUUUAACCGCAUUCUAGUGCAUCACCAGCAGGUGGGGUUUUCCGAAGGCAAAAUCGUCUGUUUUUACUGUAAAGUUUGUGAUAUAAUCUUACUACUUAUUUGUUCUGUGGCCUAAAGGCUUUCCUUAAGACUUUGUGUAUUCAGUCUCGAGUUUUACAUUGUUUGAAGCAAAUCAGGGCGUUUCAGCUGAGUCUAAUAAUAUUGAAUAAAGUGGAUGAUGAUGGGGAUGUUUUGGGCAGGGAUUCUAAAUUGUAAUGUAUUUUAUCGGCCUCAAAGGAAUAUUUAAUCUUACUGUUACUGAUUGACGCUGGUCAAAGACGCGACUUCUGCUUGAAAAUUAGACAUUGGAUCCAGCUGAUAUGACAAGUGAGGGUUUUCUUUGUUUUUUGGGGGGGGGUUUUGGUUUCUUUGACACAAGAAUUUUUUUUACAAGUCAUCUAACCUACGAUGCAACUUGCUUCCUUAUAUUAAAAUACAUUUUAGUAACACCAGCCUGUUGCCUGCUCCAGUUCCUCCCUGAACUGAUACAAUCUGACAGAUUGACAGAUUAAUCUAUCAAUCAAAUGUAGAAAUACAUUUACAUAAGAGUUAAUACUCAUACCACCAUAAAACACCAUUAGUUUGAUGCAGUGGCUUUAAACAAAAACUCUUGUACAUAGGCCUUUCACAAAGCCAGCAUAGCUGCACAAAUUUAAUAGGUGAUGAAGGAAACUUUAAUUAAAUCUGAAAAGGUCAAACAAAGUCCUUAGCCCCUAUCCAAGAGAUUUGUAAAAUUAGGACAAGAAAAACGUUAUUUUGUAUGAGAUGAUUAGACAAUAAUCCAAAAUUAGUUUGGUCUGUUAAGAUAUUUUCACAGGAGUUUGGGAUAAGAAAAUCUUAAUGCAUCAACUUAUAUUGACGUCGUUCUGUUGAGGCUGGUUGAGACAUCACUAGCCAAGCAUCAUUGUCGCACUAUUUGUAUAACUUUUUUUUUUUAUUAUCAUUUUUAUUUUGUAUUUUUCAGUUUUGUCAAUUUCUUAACCCGCAUUUGCAUACAAGGUAUAGACUGGCAAAUUGUUCACCAUGUGGCUUAAUAGUGGCUUACUCUUUCAAUAAAUUGUAAAAUCAGGUUUGUUGUAAUUAAGCAUACAUAACCUUGCAGUUUUAGUUAUGGCGCUAUGAUAAAUUGUGCUGAAACAAUCUUGUCUGAUCAUGUCAAACGCAGUUAAGCCCAAGUGCGAUGAGUCGUUUUGUAGGGUUCAGCUUCCACUCAUGACAUCUCAAUUACAUUUUUUUUCUUAUUUAACAUGUAAAUGUUCUUUUUAUUUCCUUUGUCUUCACCUGCAGCAUUUGGAGCAACAUGAGGAAGGAGAGCCACUUUUCUAAGAUUUUUUUCCCCUUUGCACCACUUUGACUUUCACUCAUUUUGUCCAGUUUAAUGUCAGCAACCCAGCUUGAGCAUGUAAAAAUAAAACUGGAGGUUUUGUUUUAAAUUGACUGCUUACGGCUCAAAA